AUGCGUCCUCCACCAGACAUUUGGAAGGAAAAGCCUUCACCAACAAGCAAAUUUCUGAUAAUAACCAGAACCGAUGAAACAACUUUCGCAGGAGUCUCACCGUUCACGAUCAAAAAUGUAAUUGACCUCACGGCCGAAGGUGCAGUCGUUAGUUGUAAGAGACUACGCGACGGAAACCUUCUCCUACAAACAAAGACAACCAUUCUGCACAUACCCGUAGCAGUCUCAGAGCACCGAACUCUGAACUACUCAAAGGGUGUAAUAUACUUCAACGAUCUACGGGGAAUUGAGGAAGAAGAGAUUCUUCAUCACCUGAAAAGCCAAAAAGUUUCCGCCGUAAGAAAAAUUAUGAAGACUCUUACAGUAGAGCCGACAGAAACUGGACUUAUUACCCUGACAUUCGAAAAACUAGACCUCCCGGAAUACGUCUAUAUUGGAUACGAAAGAGUCCAAGUUCGUCCUGAUAUACCAGCCCCAAUGAGAUGCAACAACUGUCUACGUCUAGGCCAUCUCCAAAAAUUCUGUAAGAACACAGAGACCUGCUUUAUGUGCAGCCAACCUGCACAUAUCGACUUCACAUCAGGGGAAAAAUGCGAACGCGGAGUCUGCUGCAUCAACUGUACCGGAAAAAGGAUGCCGGAUAAUAAACACCAUCCUAGAGACAGAAAUUGCCCAGUAUUUUUUAGCAAUAAAGAAAUACAAGCUAUAAAAACCCUCCAAAAAGUGGACAACAGAACUGCCUGGUCGCUAUACAGGAAGAGACACCAUCAUGAUGGAUCCCUUUACGCAUCGGUGGCAAUACACAACGAUUGA